UCGCAAGACACGAAGAACCCGAAGCCAAACGGGACAAAGAGGCAGGAAACGAGAGGGGAAUUCCAGAGACGCCUCAUCUCAGGUCCAAACUUAUCGGCGAUGAUGCUGCGCGCGGCGGGCAAGAGGCUCCUCGGCGCCGCGUCCGGCGUCACAGGCGGCGAGGCGGCGCCGGCGCCGGCGGUGGCGGCUGCGGGCGCGGCGAGGCGGGGCUACCACGAGCGGGUCGUGGAUCACUACAACAACCCGCGCAACGUUGGGUCCUUCGACAAGGACGACGCGGACGUCGGCACGGGGAUCGUCGGCGCGCCGGCGUGCGGGGACGUCAUGAAGCUGCAGAUCCGUGUCGACGAGGGGUCCGGCAAGAUCGUCGACGCGCGCUUCAAGACCUUCGGGUGCGGCUCCGCCAUCGCGUCCUCCUCCGUCGCUACUGAGUGGGUUAAGGGCAAGCAAAUGGAGGAGGUAGUCGCAAUCAAGAACACUGAAAUUGCAAAGCACCUAUCUCUUCCACCGGUGAAGCUCCACUGCAGCAUGCUCGCUGAGGAUGCGAUCAAAGCCGCCGUGAAGGACUACGAAGCAAAGAAGGGGAAGCUGGCCAAGGCAGACGAGUAGGAACACCCCACAAGAGCGCGGCCACCUCUAGAUGACUAGCUCUGGCUGGCAGAGUACUUUGCAACGAGAGCAUGUACAUAAACAAGAAAGGGAUGAUGUUUGGUUGGUUUCACCAAAAUAAGUGAACUUUAUGUCGUGCAACGGCAGGGUAGUGUCGUAGUGAUACAAUUGUACCUCUUGUAACCUGUAUUGUACUGCGUGAGCUUCACAUAUGUGCUAAAUUAGUAAUUAUCUUCCCAGCUACGUAUAUAUUUUAUUACCUUUUUUUU